AUGCAAGAAAACGUAAGGACAAAAAUAAAUGAUGCCAAGUCGUGUCUAAUGGGCUUCUUGGGGAGUACCAAAGUAGCAAGUAUUCUACAGGAGGAGUCUGACAAAAAAAACUUGGACAAAUCGAAAGAGGAUGUAGAAAGCGCGGAUGUAUGUAGCUUGAGUGAAAAUCCCGGUGAAAAGGUCCAAGAAGAUUCCUUGCUUGCUAAUCAAGAUUCAGAUGUUUUAAAAAAAAGGAAAACCGGAACAAUUCUGAGCAGGCGAAGUGACAACUGUGAUACAUCCACAGGGGAAAGCAAGGAAGAAGAUAGUGUUGCAAAGUCCACCGGAGGGAAUGAAGACGCUGGAGAUGAAGUAUGCUUAACAGACGCAAAGGAAAAGGAAGAUUUGGGAAAGGAGUGCUCUACAUCGGAAAAAAAAAUAAAACGAAACAACCUCUCGGACGUACAGUACAUAGAAAGUUUGAAGUGCGAAAUUGAUGAAACACGAGAUGGACAGCCCAUCCCCCAAUAUGAGAGCAAGCUGAAUCCAGUGGCCCCCGAGUUCAAGCCUCAGAACUCGCUCUAUGUGUAUCAACAGAUGCAGCAGCACACAACAAAAAACCUUGUAAUGCUGAUAAAAUCCUUCGGGUACCAGGGUAUAAAGAUGGAAAAAAUUUCGGGUGAAUAUUGCAAGAAGUACAACGCCCUCCUCAACUUGAGGCAUGCAGGGUUCAGCAACAUUUACAAUAUGAUCAGGAGCCUGGACCACUGCUUGAUUUGCGAGGAAGUGGGAGGAGAGGCAGAUAAAUUGACAGAUAAAUUGACAGAUAAAUCGACAGAAAAAUCGACAGAUAAAUCGACAGAUAAAUUGACAGAUAAAUUGACGGACAAAUCGACAGAUAAAUUGACAGAUAAAUUGACGGACAAAUCGACAGAUAAAUUGACAGAUAAAUUGACGGACAAAUCGACAGAUAAAUUGACAGAUAAACCGACGGACAAAUCGAUGGAAAAAUGUGAGGAGCCGCAUGACAAGGAUCCAACCCCAAAUGAACCAAAACAAGCAAAUCACGACUCAGAAAAAAACUUAAUUAUAAAAUAUAAGACGCCAAAGAUGAACGAAGACAAACAAUUUUUCCUGAAAAUCAUUCUAGGCACGAUAGGAGAAUGCACCAACUACAAUUCUCAGUUGACGGAGGAAGAAACACCAGAGAGUGGUAGUGUCUCUUUGACGAGGCUGCAACAGGAGGUAAAGAAAAUCUUCGGGUCGUCUUUCAAUUUAAAAAUAUUGCAAACGAGAUGUGGAAUAGACAAACUUCAAGCAUUCCUAGAAGAGAUCCAAGAAAUACAAAUAAUAUCACUUCCUAAUGAUGUGAAAAUUAGAAUUACUCCGCUAACUUAUAGUUAUAAGAUUCCUGAUCUGAAGUCGAUAAAGUCGUUACCGAGCAAUGAGUUCAAAGUUAGUGCACCCUCCAAAAUGGGUAGCAAAAAAGUCCCCAUCUCGACACUUUUUAAUGAUCAGUAUUUUAGGUCGAAUUCAUUUAACGGAGGAGAAAAUAAUAGUAUCCUUAGUGCACUCAACAGUAGGGACAGAGGAUCCUUUAGCAACGUGCAUAUGGGGAGUGUUCUCACUCAAAACAAUGACUUUAAGAAUAAAAAAUUUAAUUCUAAUGGCAGUUUUCUCUUGCCGACUUCCAAGUCGCAUGAGCGCAUCUGGAAGGGUGUUAGCAGUGGAAGUAUACAUCGAAGUGGUAGCAGCCUGCUUCAUGGCGUAUUCGUGAACAAUGUGCCAGACGACAGGGACAGCGAGUCGGUUCUCCAAAUGAAGGGGAGCUUUACCCAGGAACCCUGCACCAAUUUGAUGUGCAAGCUUAACAGACAGGGUACCCACGGAAACCACGACAAUUCGUGCAUUUACUCUAGUGACUGGGUAGCCACCGAGGGGCAGAAUUAUCCUUCAAAGCAACACACAAACGGGGGUCAUAGCCUGAAUCAUAACCUGAGUGAACACGCCAGUCGCAACCUGAGUAACAGCCAAGAACAACACCCCUUCAUCAAAAUGCUAUCCAAGACGCAACUGCACAUUCUACUGUACCAGCUGAUAGUUGUCCUGACGAAGAGACAGAAGAUGGAGUGGGAUGACAUAGUAAAAAUCAAGGAGGAAUUGCUCCAUCAGAAUAGUAGCAAGACAUACGGGGAGGAGAACUUGGGAAGGUGCAAACUGGAGGUGAGCGGGUGCGAAGAGUAUGUUAAUAAAGUAGAGGUGGACGCUGACAGUGCAAAGGAAGAGUCAAAUGAAGUUCAGCCAGGGGAAGGUAAAGGAGAAGAUCAACAAAACAACUCCACUACGAACAUGUCAGAUUUUGUCUAUGAAAUUUUCACCACACAAGAAACGGCCAAGCAGAGCAUAUCAGACAAGACAUCAUCUGCACUGUACUCGAAGGACCCGCUAUCCAGUUCGUUGGAGAAAGGCCCAGAUGAAGAAGUAUCUAAAAAUAUCAUUGGCGUGUUUGUUUCCUCCAUAAAAAGUGAAUGGAACAAGGCAUACACAGAGCAGUACCCUUUGAGCUUCUACUUAAACCAUUACAAGGCAAAGAAGCUGAGGAGGCUUCUGGAGGAAAUUCCUAACCUUGUUAUUGCCGGGUGUAGUAGGAGCAUACAAGUGUUUACUCUAGACACUGCCCAAUAUAUUUAUGAUAACUUUUCUUCUGAGGAGCUCUCUAGUUUGAAGAUUUUCUCCCGGUCCAAGUUCACCCCGAUGAGUGCCUCACACUACUUCAAGGACGCCACAUAUAAAGAUGUCGCCGAGGAAUUUGCCAGAGGGGACUGCUCAAAAAUGAUGAAGGUGCUAGGACUGGACCAUCUGAAGCCACCCCGAUCCACUGUCAGUAAGAGCUAUGAAAAAAUUAUGAACAAGUCCAGGAAAAGUCGCAGCUUUAACCGUGUGGGUAGUUACAUCAACUACAGGAACAAAAUUUUCGAUCACCCCAAUGGGGGAGGUUCAUUUGUGAGCAAUGAAGAGGGUACUUUUCUUCAGGGCAUGCCAUUCGUGGAGAGGGGCGGAGAGGAGACUAAUCUGGAAGUGCUACGAUACCACCUGCACAAACUUCUCUACAAUCUAGUGAUCCACGUUUGCAAAAAACAAAACGCAUUAUACCUAGCUUACAAGAAAAAUGGUGUGAUUCUGAGCGAGUAUGAAAUGAACAAACAAAUGUGUGGCCCCAUUUACUAUUCUUCCGACUUAACGUAUGAAGAUUUUAUAACAGACAGACAAAGCUUAUUUGAAAAGGAACAAGUAGCCAAGACGCUCUUCCUUCUUUCUCACCAUGGGAUUUAUGGGAUCAAAUUCAUACAUCUAACUAAUGAGUGGUACAAAUUGUACAAGUGCGAGUUGCGACCACUCAUGCGUAUAUGUGAAUACAAUGAAAUUGGAAAGAUGAUUUGUAGCAUGCCUAAUGUGCUUGUCGUGGGAGAGGGAUUCGAUACCAAGUACAUUCCUAGCAUGGACGCCGAAGGGGAGCGAAACCACUUAGACGAAUUUUCACCCGACAGCCUCGUCAAAAUUAUCUCCAACAACUUCCCGGAAAAUCUCCCCUCCGUAUUCCCAAGAAGAUCGCAUCCCGCAGAAGCCCUUCACAAGCAGAAGAGUGGGCCAUAUGAAAGUAUCAUGGAGGUUCUCUUCCCAAAUAUAACAUCCCAGAAGAGUACAGAUUUGCAUAAAGGUCACAGCGGAACAGUUCCCUUCCUUAGGAACAACAUUGGUGGCUAUGGAAAGGGUACGUCUGGUUUUCUUGGCGCAUCCGGCAACUGUUCAUCCAAGGGGGAUAUAAAUAUAAGUAGCUUAUUCAGAAAUUUGUAA